CGUAUCCCGAGACACGCGUCUUCUCUAUGCCGUCGAUGCUGGUUAUAUACUCCGCCGCUUCGCCUCUCCCAUCGAGUCAUUCACACUGAUCUCACCACCGCUCGCGGUAGGGUCUAGUAGAAUGGACUCUUCCGUCGUGGAUACCUCCUCUCUUUCGCUCCCCGUCGACCGCGAAAACGGCGUCGCCCCCGCCUCGGACGACAAUCCAUCGCCGCAGGCGGCCACGUCGCCGGGAGCCGGCGGCCGCGUUAAGCUCAUGGUCAGCUAUGGUGGCCGCAUCCAGCCGCGACCCCACGACAGCGCCAGGCUCUCCUACGUCGGCGGGGAGACCAAGAUCCUCUCCCUCGACCGCUCCGCCCGCCUGCCUACCCUCCUCGCCAAGCUCGCCACCCUCGUCCCCUGCGCGCCUUUUUGCCUCAAGUACCAGCUUCCAGGCGAGGAUCUCGACGCCCUGGUCUCCGUCACCGACGAGGACGACCUCGAACACAUGAUGGUCGAGUACGAUCGCCUCCACGGAAGCUCCUCCUCUCCCAAGCCCACUCACCGCCUCCGCCUCUUCCUCUUCACCGUCAGGCCUCCGCCCCCGCCCCCUUCCGCCGCUCUCCUCGACGCCGCCCGCCCGGAUCGCCAGUGGUUCUUCGACGCCCUCAACGCGGUCUCCGCCCCUGCGACUCCGGCUACGCAACCUUCGGCGGUGGCGGCCUCGCCGAGCCCCGACUACUUAUUCGGCCUCGACGAGGGCUUCGUUCCUCCACCGGCCGUGAAGGUCGCCGUAGAUCCGCAGCCACCUUUGACGCUCGAGACCCUCUCUAUCGAGGCGCCGGCGAAGCCCGAUCUGGCCAAGGUCGAACCCCACCAGCAGAUUCCGGAACCUGCCGAUUCAACCGUCACGGCCCCUGUCGUGGUCUCCGUGGCGGAGGUCCAAGGACCGAUCCAGGAGCUCCAUAGCCUCCAAGUCGCCGAGAACCCGCCGCCGCUCAUCCCGCAAAACAGCAGCGAGGAGGCCGUACGCAGAGAUCACGCCACGGAGUACCAAGUCCCACGAGAUGCGGAGAAGGUCGCACCCGCGGCAGCGCAGGCGCCGGAGCAGCGGAGCGGGUUACCGGUAGCGAGGUACGCGUCGUUGGCCCCCGGCCACGAUCAGGCGGUGUACCUUCUCCCGACGUCACAGGGGGUCUACCCAGGGUUCUACGCCGCAGCGCCGUGGAUGGCGACGGCGGAGGCCUACCGCAGCGCGGCGGUGUCGGCGAAGGCGAUGGGCCGCGGUGGCGGGGCGGAGGCGUACGCGGCCGGAGGGGGGCAGUUGGCGUACGAUAGCACGGGGCGGGUGGUUUACUAUGCGAGUAUGGUGCCCACAUAUCAGACGGUUUCGAGCGUUGCUGCGUACAACCCUGUCGGUGCUGCCGUUAAAGCCGCGAAACCGUCGCAGAUCUCUUAGCCAAAACAACAACUUGGUCUCGUUCCCUUCUCUUCGUUUGGGUUGGUUGGUGUCUAUGAUUUCGUGCUCUUUCUUCUGUUUCUUUUUUCCGUUGUUGCGUAGGUUGUUGACGUUCGUACAUACGCAUGAAUGUAGAUGUUGAUGGAGGGGUUUAUAUUUUAUAUCAGUUGACGUUAAUGAAUCUUGCUUUUGUGCUA